CCAUGCACCCCAGCAGCAGGAUCAGCCCCUUGGACUGAUCUGUUUAUUUGCAGGAGCGCCACGCAGGCAAACUUUGAACCACCAGAGGGCGCCAGAGAAGGGCUUCACCCAGCAGUUUGUCCACCAACAGCAGCUACUGGCAAGGAUGCGGAGGCGAUCUACCUGUGGCUGAGGGAGUUCCAGUUGGAGCAGUACACGGGGAACUUCAUCAACUCUGGCUACGACGUUCCCACCAUCAGCAGGAUGACUCCCGAGGACCUGACGGCCAUCGGCGUCACCAAGCCAGGCCACCGGAAGAAGAUCUCCAUGGAGAUCGGCAACCUCAACAUCCCUGAUUGGCUGCCGGAGUACAUCCCAGCGGACCUUGGGGAGUGGCUAAGUGCCAUUGCUCUGCCUCAGUACCACAAGAAGCUGGCGGAAAAAGGCUACGACUCCAUCACCAUCGUCCAGGACCUGACCUGGGAGGACCUGCAGGAGAUAGGCAUCACCAAGCUGGGUCACCAGAAGAAGCUGAUGCUGGCGGUGAGGAAGCUGUGCGACGUCCACCGGUCCAGCCUGCAGGCCCAGUCCUCCAGCGCCCAGGGGACCCUGCACCGCCGCAAGACCCCCGGGGCCCUCCACCUGGUGGCCAUCGACCCCCCCGGGGACUGCCCCUCCCCCCACACCCCCUCCAUGCUCAGCUUCCAGGACAGCGAGCUGAGCGCCGAGCUGCAGAGCGCCAUGUGCAGCCGCUACGCCCCCGACGACGAGCGGCCGGCCCUCAGGGGCCUCUCCCAGAGCCAGGAGAGCAUCGACGCUCGCUCCCGGGGGUCCGGUCACUCCCAGGAGCCCCCCUCCGCCUCCGUCGGCAACCCCCACUGCCGCUCCCAGGAGAGCCUCGGGGGAGAGGGGGGCUCCAGUCUGGAGGGCAGCCCCGUCAGGGAGAGGAACGUCCCGGAGGGCUGGGACCCCCGCCCCAAGCACGCCCCUCUGGGCACCGCCACGGUCUUCAAGUACCCCCCCGUGCCGGCCAAGCCCAAGCCCUCCUCCCACAGCCCCUCCCCCCACGGCUCCCCGGUCCAGAGGGGCUUCAGCUACCUGCACGCCUCCUGCGGGACCACCCAGUUGGGCUCUCGAUCGCCCGCAAAGCCCCGGGACCCCUCGCUCUCCCUGACCCGGCCCCGGCGGCGCUACGCCCUGUCGGACGGCGAGCCGGACGACGAGGAGGAGGACGAGGAGGGGGGGUCCGCGCCCCACCACUCGGGUCACCUGGGCUCCUACGCCACGCUGACCCGCCGGCCCGGACGCAGCCAGCUGGCCCGUUGCCACAGCAGCCCCGAGAAGGAGGGCAGCCCCGUGGGGCGGAGCCAGUCGUUCGCCGUGCGCGCCCGCCGGAAGGGCCCGCCCCCGCCCCCGCCCAAGAGGCUGAGCUCCGUCAGCAGCACCCACAGCAUGGAGGAGGGCGGGGGGGCGGGGGGGGUCGUGACGGACAGCCCCGGCAGCGUGAGGAGCAUCGCCGCCUGCAUGGAGAGCACCUCGUCCUCGUCCUCCUGCUCCUCCUCCUGCUCCUCCUCCCCUGGGAAGAGGAGGCCGGCCCCCCCGGUCCCCAGCCUGGACCCCUUCCGGCGGGAGGACCCCCCGCGGCGGCGGGUCCAGAGCGAGUACCUCCCGGAGCCCGCCCCCGUCGGGGGGGCGGAGCCGGAGCGCGGGGUCAAGUCUGACUCUGAGGAGGAGGAGCCGGGGGCGGGGUCGUCGGGGGGGCGGGGCCAGGACGGCUCCGCCUCCCCGCAGAACAGCUCCAGCGAGUGCCUCCCCUUCGCCGAGGAGGGCAACCUGACCAUCAAGCAGCGGCCCAAGCUGGGGGGGCCGCCACGGGCUGACGCGGUGCUGGAGCCCCCCGACCUCCCCGAGUUCAACCUGAAGGAGUCGGACACCGUGAAGCGCCGACACAAGCCCAAGGGGGCGGAGGGGGGAGGGGACGGGGGCGGGGAGGGGGGAGGGGAGGGAGGCUCGCCCAACAGGGAGCACCGAGGGAGCGGACCCUCCCCCCAAAGCCAGGAGGAGGAGGAGGAGGAGGCCUGGAGGAUCUGCGAGACAAGGGUGGAGACCCCCGUCCUCCGACCCCCUCUGUCCCCAAAGCCCCCCGCCACCGCCCCGAAACCCAUCAGACACAGCCUGCUGGCCGCUCAGGCUGCAGCCAGCGCCCCGCCCCCGCUGGGCGUCACCCUCAACGCUGUCCAGAGUGUGGCGUUCACCUCCCCCCCGACACCCAGCCACGCCUCCCCCAGCACCCCCUACCCCAGCCACGCCUCCCCCAGCACCCUACACCCCAGCCUGCCUCCACCGCCGGGCAAGCUCCAGGUCUGCGUGGCAGGCCCGGGCCCCGGGCCCCUGGUGGUCCAGCAGAGGUUGGACCAGACCAGCUCCUCGCUGGAGGCUGCCCUGCAGGCGGUGGAGAGGAAGCUGACCCAGGAUGACGUCUCGGACGGCGGCGCCAACACAGUGAAGUCUGCCGGGACUAUCCUGGACGACAUCGGCAACAUGUUCGAUGACCUCGCCGACCAACUCGACGCCAUGUUGGACUGAGUCAGGAACCCUCGGGAACCCCUCAGGGGCCACAACUCAUUAUGUCAUCUAGACCCGGCGACUAGAACAAA